GUGUAAAGAAAAAAUAGAAAAAAAUAUAUAAUUUGAGUUAUUUAUGUUGAUUUUUUUUAUUCAUCGAUUUUUUAACAGAUUAAGACUCUUCUUAAGCUUUCAAAUACACAUACCAAUCUGUUCCCUGAAAUAUUUUAAAUCUUGCUCAAUGCACAGAUAUAUUAUAUUUAGCUCCAUGCUCAAUGAAGACCGACUUCUAUCGAACGCAAGGGACUGUUAACCUUUCGAUCUGUUAAUCACUGGGCCAUGCUUCAAUGUUCAAGCUUUAAAUACAAAAGGGUUGUUAUUACGCAUAUUAAGAUAAUGAAAAGACACAGAAGUUGAAAGUAUGCCUAUGCGUUGUGCAAUAUAUAAGAAAUUCAAACCAAAUGUUCAUAUCUUUCAGAAAAUGCAGGCAAACUACUCACCAGGACAAUUGAAGAAGGCUUUAUCUGCUGUUCGACAGAAGAAACAGCCGAUCAGGACUGCAGCCCGGGAGUUUGGGAUACCUAAAAGCACUCUGUAUGACAGGUUACAGGAGAGACCAUUGGACAGCUGCAGCCGGAAGAAGCUCCCGAGGCUGUUGACUGUAGAAGAGGAAGGGGCCCUGGUAGAAUUUGUACUUUACAUGGGUGGUCAGGGCUUCCCCAUGACUAGGACCAUGAUUCGUGUGUAUGUGCGGGAGAUUUUACGUAGAACAGGACGUGUGUCCCUCAUUUGCAUGGAAACUGGACCGUCUGAUAAGUGGUUCCGAGGUUUCCUCGCCAGACACCAACAACUGUCGGAGAGAACCCCGGAAAACCUGGACAAGUCUAGAGCGAGAAUGUCUAGUCAAUAUACAAUGGACGGCUGGUUUGAGCUCCUUAAGAAAGUUUUGAGGGACAAGAAGCUCGAGAACAAGGAAGGACAGAUUUUCAAUGUAGAUGAAGUGGGUUGGUCUGGGAAGGAGAGAAAGAAGGUGAAAGUGUUUGGACAGAAAGGAGCCCACUGCUUUGCGGCCAACAAUAUCACAUCAUGUGAACAUGUGACGGUGAACAUGUGUAUUUGCGCAGAUGGCAGAAUACUACCGCCAAUGAUAAUAUAUAAAGAAUCGUUACCACACAGGUCCAUGCAUGACGGAAUACCUGGAAGUUGGCUGUACGGCAAGAGCGAGAACGGCUACAUGGACGGUGACCUGUUUCUGACGUGGUUUAAAGAAAUAUUUCUGAUUAACUGCGGCAGGGAGAGGCCCGUCCUGUUAGUCAUGGACAACCAUGAUAGCCAUGUUACAUUGCCAUUGGUGGAGACUGCCCGUUUAAAUGAUGUUGUACUGCUCGGGUUGCCUGCCCACACAACGCACAUUCUUCAACUAUGGAUGUAAAAGUAAGUACAUGCA